AAUUUCAGUUUGUUCUAUUGAAAUCGGCUGGCGCUGCAUUCUAGAGGGAGAGCACCUGAAAUUGGCAGUGGCAGAGUGGAAUUGGAUUUGUAAGGAGAGAAAAAAGGAGUGAGCGGAAUGAUCAGAGACAGACUUGGACGCCUACAUUGCCAUAUGAAAAAGCGGUUCACGGGUUUGGAGGUGAGCCUCAUAGUCAUGUUUGGAUUGAUGUCUGUGGCAGCCAUCGCUCUCAUAGUCCUGUUUGUCACUGACAUCACAAAAAAUGAAACUACUGAAGAUUUUGUUCCUCAGUGUUCUGGACCCAUUCCUCUGGCUGAAAGAGUAGACUGUUUCCCUGAUGCUGGAGCCUCAAAGCUGCGGUGUGAGCAGCGUGGAUGUUGCUGGAGCCCACUGGAUGAGAGAAAUGUUCCCUGGUGUUUCUUCUCAACCAACCAUGGAUACACAGUGGAAUCAACAGAGCAACCAAAUCCUUAUGUAAUGAACGCCCGACUGAAGAGAAUGGCCUCUCCUUCUCUAUUUGGAGCUGAUAUACAAGAGCUGGCAUUUCACGCAGAAAUGCAGUCAAGCAAUCGACUCCGAUUUAAGAUCUAUGAUGCCCACAGGCAGAGGUUUGAAGUUCCCCAUGACCACAUCAACAGCCUCAAAAGUGACCCCUCCAGCCCCAUCAGCAACACACUGGAGAUGACACACAAACCCUUUGGCCUAACUGUGCGCAGGAAGGAGAACAAAAAAAUCCUGUUUGACACUACAAUGGCUCCACUGGUGUUUGCAGACCAGUACCUACAGCUGUCUGCUAAGCUUCCAUCUCAUAACAUUUAUGGCCUCGGGGAGCAUGUGCAUACACAGUAUCGCCAUGACACAAACUGGAGAACCUGGCCCAUCUUCACCAGAGACGCUUUUCCUAAUGGGGGAACACAUAACCUCUACGGACACUAUCCCUUCUUCCUCUGUCUGGAAGACCAGAGUGGAAAGUCAUUCGGGGUGUUUCUCCUGAACAGCAAUGCUAUGGAGGUGACUUUGCAGCCCGCUCCUGCUGUGACCUACAGGACGAUCGGAGGAGUCCUUGACUUCUACAUUCUCUUUGGAGACACGCCAGAACAAGUUGUGCAGGAAUUCCUUGUGCUCAUUGGCAGGCCUGUCAUUCCGCCUUACUGGUCCCUGGGUUUCCAGCUUUCUCGCUGGGACUACGGCAGCCUGAGUGAGGUCAAAAAAACAGUGGAGAGGAACCGUGCCGUGGAAAUCCCAUAUGACAUCCAGUACACUGACAUCGACUACAUGGAGGACAAGAAAGAUUUCACUUAUGACAAAGUCAAGUUCAGCGAGCUGCCUGGCUUCUACGACUACCUUCAUAAGGAGGGACAGAGAUACAUCCUAAUCCUGGACCCUGCAGUCGCCACGAGUAAGAGGGUUGGGAACACUCCAUAUGAGUCCUAUGACCGCGGGACUCAGCAGAACGCCUGGGUCACUGAAUCAGAUGGGAAGACUCCUCUGUUAGGAGAGGUGUGGCCAGGUGAGACUGUGUUUCCAGACUACACCAGCCAAAAUUGCAUCAACUGGUGGGCUGACGAGUACGAGAUGUUCUUCAAGGAGAUCAAACACGAUGCCCUCUGGAUUGAUAUGAACGAGGUGGCUAAUUUCAAGAAAGGAUCAACUAAGGGAUGUGCUGAUAACAACCUCAACUACCCUCCCUACACUCCAAAGAUUCUGGAUGAAGUGAUGUACAGUAAGACCCUGUGUAUGGAUGCCAAGCAGGCCUGGGGGAACCACUAUGAUGUCCACAGUCUGUAUGGCUACUCUAUGGUGCUGGCUACUGAAAUAGCUCUGAAGCGUGUGUUUGGACAAAAUCGUACCCUGAUGUUGACCCGCUCCUCCUUCCCAGGUGUGGGAAAAUAUUCGGGUCACUGGCUGGGGGACAAUGCUGCCAACUGGAACGACAUAAAAUGGGCCAUCCCUGGCAUGCUAGAGUUCGGGCUCUUUGGGGUUCCCUAUAUCGGAGCUGACAUCUGUGGAUUCUUUGACGACUCCAGUGAAGAGUUAUGUCGUCGCUGGAUGCAGGUGGGAGCUUUCUAUCCCUUCAGCCGGAACCACAACGCUCAAGGCUACAGGGCCCAGGAUCCUGCCUGGUACGGUGCAGGUUCAACUCUGGUGGAGAGCUCUAAGCAUUACCUGAGGAUACGUUACACUCUUCUACCUUACCUCUACACACUCUUCUACAAAGCCCACACCACAGGCGAAACUGUUGUACGUCCUGUCAUGCAUGAGUUCUACCAUGACAGUGCCACCUGGUCCGUGGAUCGCCAGUUCCUCUGGGGAAAACACCUGCUCAUCACACCUGUACUAGACCCGGGUGUGGACAGGGUGAAGGCUUUUAUCCCUGACACUGUGUGGUAUGAAUAUGAGACGAUGGAACAAGUGUCAGUACGCGGAUGGGUUGACAUGCAUCUGCCAGCCAACAAGCUCGGCUUACACAUCAGAGGUGGUGCGAUCCUUCCCACGCAGAACCCUGAUGUCACCACUACACACAGUCGCCGCAACCCCAUGGGUUUGAUCAUAGCUCUUGAUGACAAGGACCAGGCAGCUGGGGAGCUAUUCUGGGAUGAUGGCGAUUCCCGAGACACAGUUGAUUCAGGCCAUCACAUCCACUACGACUUCUCCGUAAUCUAUGGAGAGCUGACGAUGCAGGUGACCCAUAACGGCUACUCGGAUCCAAACAACCUGAAGUUUGAGACCAUUACUAUCCUCGGUGUGCCUUAUCCUCCCGCUAUGGUCUCUGUGACUCACGUUGCCACUGGGACACUUGAGAAAACGAUCACCAGUGUGCCAGCCUCAGGAAUACAAUAUGAUCACGCCAAGAAGGUUAUGUCCCUGCGUGGCCUCAACCUAAUUGUCGGGGAGACCUAUCUGGUGAAAUGGGAACUGGAGUCGAAUGAGCACUAUCGCUUUGACUGCCAUCCAGAGGACGGUGCAGAUGAGGCUAAAUGCAAGGCCAGAGGCUGCAUCUGGGAGCCAAGCGUCAUUGAAAAAGCUCCAUGGUGUUUCUAUCCAAAUGACUAUGGCUACACCUUUAUAACAACUGAUGAAACCAACUCAGGCAUAACAGUUGAUAUCACUCGGAACAACAAGUACAGGAGCAGUGGUCGCCCAGGCUCGCCAGAUAUAGACAAACUUCGUGUUGAGAUCCGUUAUCACAGCUCCCACAUGCUGCAGUUCAAGAUCUGGGACCCGGCCACAGAUCGUUAUGAGGUUCCAGUGCCGCUGACGGUUCCCACUACUCCUGAAACUAACGAGGGCAGAAGGCUUUACAAGGUCGAAGUGUCCAACAAUCCAUUCGGCAUCAAGGUGAUAAGGAAAAGCACAGGAACCAAGAUUUGGGAUUCCUCUGUGCCAGGUUUUACAUUCUCAGACAUGUUCAUCCAAGUGUCUACUCGACUGUCAUCGGAGUAUAUCUACGGCUUCGGAGAGACUGAGCAUCCCACCUAUAAACACAAUCUCAACUACCACACCUGGGGUAUGUUCGCCAAGGACCAGCCUCCUGGUUACAAGAUGAAUUGCUAUGGAGUGCAUCCCUUCUAUAUGGGCCUGGAGACCACUGCUGAUGCUCACGGUGUGCUGCUACUUAACAGCAAUGCCAUGGAUGUGACUUUCCAGCCUACUCCAGCUUUGACCUACCGAACUCUCGGAGGCAUCCUGGAUUUCUACAUGGUCCUGGGACCUACGCCUGAAAUGGUGGUGCAGGAGUACACUGCACUGAUUGGACGACCUGUUCUACCUGCCUAUUGGUCCCUUGGGUUCCAGCUCUGUCGCUAUGGUUACGCCAACGAUAAGGAGAUAGAAGAUCUAUACAACGACAUGAGGAAAGCGGGUAUACCCUAUGAUGUGCAGUAUGCAGACAUUGACUACAUGGACCGCCAACUGGACUUUGUUCUGGACCCAGAGUUUAGUGGACUGCCUGCCCUGGUUGACCGUAUGAGGGGAGAACGCAUGAGGUUCAUCUUCAUUCUGGAUCCAGCUAUUUCAGGCAAUGAGACAAAUUACCCUGCCUUUGACAGAGGAAUAGAAGCGGAUGUCUUCAUCAAAUAUCCCGAAAGCAUCAGUGAUAAAAUUGUGUGGGGAAAGGUCUGGCCAGAUUACCCCAAUAUCACAGUGGAUGAAUCUCUUGACUGGGACACCCAAGUAGAGAAAUUUAGGGCAUACGCAGCAUUCCCCGACUUCUUCCGCAACAGCACAGCAGAGUGGUGGCGGCAAGAAAUCCAAGACUUCUAUACAAAUACAACAUUUGAUGGCCUCUGGAUUGACAUGAACGAGCCUGCCAGUUUUGUCCACGGCACAGUUGGAGGGAAGUGUCUUGGUAAUCAGCUCCUAGAGUUCCCUCCUUACAUGCCACCAUUGGAGUCUAAACACAUGGGCCUAAAGCAUAAGACUCUGUGCAUGAACAGCGAGCAGAUACUCAGUGAUGGAAAGAAAGUCAGACACUAUGACGUCCACAACCUCUACGGCUGGUCCCACACAAAGCCCACCUAUGACGCCCUGCUGAAUGUGACAGGUAAAAGAGGCAUCGUGGUGACCCGGUCCACUUAUCCCUCCAGUGGAAAGUGGUCUGGACAUUGGCUGGGAGACAACUUUGCCAGAUGGGACCAACUAUCCAAAUCCAUUAUCGGCAUGAUGGAGUUCAGUCUGUUUGGCAUCCCUUACACCGGGGCAGACAUAUGUGGGUUCUUUAACAAUUCUACCCGUGAGAUGUGUCUUCGCUGGAUGCAGCUAGGUUCCUUUUAUCCAUACUCACGCAACCACAAUGGCAAGGGGUGGAAGAGACAAGAUCCUGUUGCUUGGGAUGCUGAAUUUGCCCAGAUAUCCCGGGACGUCCUGAACAUCCGUUACACCCUGCUGCCCUACAUGUACACACUGAUGUUUGAUGCUCACGUCAGAGGAAGCACAGUCAUCAGACCACUCUUGCACGAGUUUGUUGAUGAUAAAGCCACAUGGACCAUUGACAGACAGUUCCUCUGGGGACCUGCUCUACUUAUCACCCCUGUCCUCGAAGAGGGAGCCAGGACUGUGAAUGGUUAUCUUCCUGACGCACGCUGGUACAACUACCACACGGCCAAAGACGUUGGAAAACGUGGCACAAUGGUUGUCAUGGACGCACCCAUGGAAACAAUUAACCUUCAUAUCAGGGGGGGAUAUAUCAUACCCUGGCAGAAACCAGAGAACACUACAUAUUACAGUCGGAUGAAUCCGUUAGGACUGAUCGUUGCCCUGAGCGACAACGGGACUGCUCAAGGAUCGUUCUUCUGGGACGACGGAGAAGGAAUAGACACAGUCGAAAAAGGACUAUACCAGCGGAACUUCUUCAAAGCCGAAGAGAACACUUUGACCAGUGAAGUCAUCUUCGAUGGCCUGCACCCCAAUGACCUCUUGAUCCUGGGUGUGGUGAAGGUUUGGGGCGCCGGUCCUGAUAUUAUCAAACAUGCGGACAUAACAAUCGCUGGAACGACUCAUCGAUUGACCCCACAGUAUAACGAUGUGUCUCAGGAGCUGAUUCUAGAUGCUACUGAAAAGGAAGUUCCUAUGAAUGAGUCUUUUACCAUCAAAUGGAGCACCGGCGUCUAAUCAACAGUGCAACUGUGCUUCACUAAAUGCUUCACUGAAUGAUUCAUGUAUAUAAUGAUCCAGUGUCAUAAAUUAUGAUGUAAAAUCAAUACAAUGUUUUUUUGUAACUUAAUUUUUAGAUAACUUAAUGUACACCUACCAUUAUUAGCUGCAUUUCCAUCAACAAGUUUCGAUGCGCAUUUUGAAGAUUCACAUAAGAAAAUGUUGAUGGUAAACGUUUUUAGACUCGCUUGAGGUGUUUUUUUGUAUUAUUUGAAAAGUAGUUAAUGCGAUAAACGGGAGAUGGAAACAUUUUUUGCUAAUAAGUUUGCAAAUAAGCAACAUAUCAUUUUUUCUCUCUUGCUCAAUCUCUUUGUCUUCUACUGUUUACUGAUGGUUUAGCCUAUAGCAACACAUUACACUGCCAUCUUCUGAUGAAAGAAAAGGUGUGCAGCUUUGUGUAUUUGAUAUAAACCAGUUGAUGGAAACGUCUCUAAUUCACAUUUUUCUUUAAUGCAACAUUUCAAAGAUUUGUUUCAAAAUAUUAUAUGCCUUUUAUGGAAAUGUAGCUAUUGAUGAGCCAUUUUUAAAUUGCUCUACAAUUAAAUCUUAAUAUCAUAAACAUGAAAGUGAGUUCAGGCAUAAAUAAUGCCAAACAUGAUGUGUUUUUAACAAUAAAUCUCUUU